AUGUCCUUCGAGGGGGCGAGGCUCAGCAUGCGGAACAGAAGGAACGGCAUGGUGGACAGCACCCGGACCCUGUACUCCAGCGCGUCCCGGAGCACCGACGUGUCCUACAGCGAGAGCGACUUGGUGAAUUUUAUUCAAGCAAAUUUUAAGAAACGGGAAUGUGUCUUCUUUACCAAAGAUUCCAAAGCCACGGAAAACGUGUGCAAGUGUGGCUAUGCCCAGAGCCAGCACAUCGAAGGCACCCAGAUCAACCAAAACGAGAAAUGGAAUUACAAGAAACACACCAAGGAGUUUCCGACCGAUGCCUUUGGGGACAUUCAGUUUGAGUCUCUGGGGAAGAAAGGCAAGUAUAUCCGGUUGUCCUGUGACACGGAUGCAGAGACCCUCUACGAGCUGCUGACCCAGCACUGGCACCUGAAGACGCCCAACCUUGUCAUCUCCGUGACCGGAGGCGCCAAGAACUUCGCCUUGAAGCCGCGCAUGCGCAAGAUCUUCAGCCGCCUCAUCUACAUCGCGCAGUCCAAAGGGGCUUGGAUUCUCACUGGAGGCACCCACUAUGGCCUGAUGAAGUACAUCGGGGAGGUGGUGAGAGACAACACCAUCAGCAGGAGCUCCGAGGAGAACAUUGUCGCCAUCGGCAUAGCGGCUUGGGGCAUGGUCUCCAACAGGGACACCCUCCUCAGGAAUUGUGACGCUGAGGGGUAUUUUUCAGCUCAGUACAUCAUGGAUGACUUUAAGAGAGACCCUCUGUACAUCCUGGACAACAAUCACACCCAUCUUCUACUUGUGGACAAUGGCUGCCACGGACAUCCUACGGUUGAAGCCAAACUGCGGAAUCAGCUGGAGAAGUACAUCUCUGAACGCACUAUUCAAGAUUCCAACUACGGUGGCAAGAUCCCCAUUGUGUGUUUUGCCCAAGGAGGUGGCAAAGAGACUUUGAAACUCAAAGAAAUUCUCGAAAGUUCUCACCUGUUAACAGUGAUUAAAAUGGAAGAAGCUGGAGAUGAAAUUGUGAGCAAUGCUAUUUCCUACGCUUUGUACAAAGCCUUCAGCACCAAUGAACAAGAUAAGGACAACUGGAACGGGCAGCUGAAGCUCCUCCUGGAAUGGAACCAGCUGGACCUAGCCAGCGAGGAGAUUUUCACCAAUGACCGCCGAUGGGAGUCUGCUGACCUUCAAGAAGUCAUGUUUACGGCUCUCAUAAAGGACAGACCCAAGUUCGUCCGCCUCUUUCUGGAGAAUGGUUUGAACCUGCGGAAGUUUCUCACCAAUGACGUCCUCACCGAACUCUUCUCCAACCACUUCAGCACCCUUGUCUACCGGAACCUGCAGAUUGCCAAGAAUUCCUAUAAUGACGCCCUCCUCACAUUCGUCUGGAAACUGGUGGCCAACUUCCGAAGAGGCUUCCGGAAAGAAGACAGAAAUAGCAGGGAUGAGAUAGACGUGGAGCUUCAUGACGUGUCUCCUAUUACCCGGCACCCUCUGCAAGCACUCUUCAUCUGGGCCAUUCUUCAGAACAAGAAGGAGCUCUCCAAGGUCAUUUGGGAGCAGACCAGGGGCUGCACACUGGCCGCCCUGGGUGCCAGCAAACUUCUGAAGACUCUGGCCAAGGUGAAGAAUGACAUCAAUGCGGCCGGGGAGUCCGAGGAGCUGGCCAAUGAGUACGAGACCCGUGCAGUUGAGCUGUUCACGGAGUGCUACAGCAGCGACGAGGGCCUGGCGGAGCAGCUGCUGGUGUACUCCUGCGAGGCGUGGGGCAAGAGCAACUGCCUGGAGCUGGCAGUGGAGGCCACGGACCAGCACUUCAUCGCCCAGCCCGGCGUCCAGAAUUUUCUUUCCAAGCAAUGGUAUGGAGAGAUCUCCCGAGACACCAAGAACUGGAAGAUUAUCCUGUGUUUGUUUAUCAUACCCUUGGUUGGCUGUGGCUUCGUAUCAUUUAGGAAGAAGCCCAUCGACAAGCACAAGAAGAUUCUCUGGUACUAUGUGGCCUUCUUCACCUCCCCGUUUGUGGUCUUUGCCUGGAACGUGGUCUUCUACAUCGCAUUCCUCCUGCUCUUUGCCUACGUGCUCCUCAUGGAUUUUCACUCGGUGCCACACUCCCCCGAGCUGGUCCUCUACGCGCUCGUCUUUGUCCUGUUCUGUGACGAAGUAAGACAGUGGUACAUGAAUGGGGUGAAUUACUUUACUGACCUGUGGAAUGUCAUGGACACACUUGGGCUGUUUUACUUCAUAGCAGGAAUUGUGUUUCGGCUCCACUCUUCGAACAAAACCUCUUUGUAUUCCGGGAGAGUCAUCUUUUGCCUGGAUUAUAUUAUAUUCACUCUAAGGUUGAUCCACAUUUUCACUGUAAGCAGAAACUUAGGACCCAAGAUUAUCAUGUUGCAGAGGAUGCUGAUCGACGUGUUCUUCUUCCUGUUCCUCUUCGCGGUGUGGAUGGUGGCCUUUGGCGUGGCCAGGCAAGGGAUCCUCAGGCAAAACGAGCAUCGCUGGAGGUGGAUCUUCCGCUCGGUCAUCUACGAGCCCUACCUGGCCAUGUUCGGCCAAGUGCCCAGCGACGUGGACGGCACCACGUACGACUUCUCCCACUGCACCUUCACCGGGAACGAGUCUAAGCCCCUGUGUGUGGAGCUAGAUGAGCACAACCUGCCUCGGUUCCCCGAGUGGGUCACUAUCCCCCUCGUGUGCAUCUACAUGCUCUCCACCAACAUCCUGCUGGUCAACCUGCUCGUCGCCAUGUUUGGCUACACCGUGGGCACCGUCCAAGAGAACAACGACCAGGUCUGGAAGUUCCAGAGAUACUUCCUGGUGCAGGAGUACUGCAACCGACUCAACAUCCCCUUCCCCUUCGUGGUCUUUGCCUACUUCUACAUGGUGGUGAAGAAGUGUUUCUGGUGCUGCUGUAAGAGGAAGAGCACGGAGACGUCUCCUUGCUGCUUCAAAAAUGAAGACAGCGAGACUCUGGCGUGGGAGGGUGUCAUGAAAGAAAACUACCUUGUCAAGAUCAACACGAAAGCCAGUGGCGCUUCCGAGGAAAUGAGGCAUCGGUUUAGACAGCUGGAUACAAAGAUUAAUGAUCUCAAGAGUCUUCUGAAAGAGAUUGCUAAUAAAAUCAAAUAGAACUUCAUGGACUCUAAUGGAGAAAAAUCUAAUUACAGCAAGGUGAUCUCAAAAAUCUACGUGGGAAAGAGUCCAGUGCUGAUGAGCCGUUUUGUUACCAAGUGGCCAGUAGGAACUGUUCAGGCGCGGAGUACUAAGCAGAUGGCUUUCAUCACUCCAGUGUGCUCAAAUCUGAGAAAUGGACGUGUGAUUGGUUUCAAACAGGAAGAUGGACACCACGGAAGAGCCUCCCCUGAAGGCUGACCUGUUAUGUCCGGAGUCUCAAUCACUCCGACUUGCUGUGUGAUCAGAGUGUGAUCUUGAACCCCCACCCUUGUUCGAUUUCCUUACCUCUGACCCCUGUGCAUUAUAGAACAUCCCUCCUGGGAAUAAGAACCAGGUCAUGCCUUUCC